UGCCCUGCAUAGAUUAAAAACCGUAUGCAACCUCGAAACGUCCACUUCGAAAUAAUAUUAAGCGAAUCGCAGGUUAAAGCAAGAACGCCGCAACAGGAUGCCUGAACAGCAGCAGCACCAGCCGCUCCUCUCUUCUCAAACGUCGGUCAACAUGGGACCUGACGGGGGUGACUCUACAAAGAGAGCCCUGAAGGUGGCUGGGAUCACCGUGCUGGCCUGUGCCCUCAUUGCUGGCCAGGCGCUCACCGCUUACUUCCUCUUGAGCCAGAAGUCUCAGAUCAACGCUCUGGAGGAUAGUGCCAACUCUCUGAAGAAGGAGAUGGUCCAUCGGCAAUCUGGCUCCUCUGCUGGCAUGGCCAUGCAUUUGCCAAUGAGCAGCAUGUCCAUCAUGACUGAUGACACGAGUGAGGACCCUAAACCAAAGGACGAGCCCAGCAUCCCGAAGUUGUGCGUGCAGCAGGCCGUGGAGGCGGGGCCGGCCGAUUUCCGUCCCCAGUGUGAUGAGCAGGGCAACUUCCUGCCCAUGCAGUGUCAGCAGAACCCCAUGUUCUGCUGGUGUGUGAAUCCCCUGGGCCAGACGAUCCCAGGCACUGCCAGACCCGGAAAAGUCUUCUGUGGAGGCACGUCCAGGGCUAUGUCCCGCAUGGCUGCCAUGCCAAGCAUGAUGGAGAUGAAAGAUGAGUAAAUGAGGAGUAAACCCUGGGCUGUGCUAGCAGGAGUCUCACUGCUGUUAUCCACCAAGAUGUCCAGGAGAAAAAAAAAAGCUUUAACUUUCCUUAAGUAUCAUUAACUAACUGAACUGUGCUUAUAAGAUCCGCUGGGUGGUCGCUUCAUUUGAAAGAAAGUAUAGACUAAAAAGUAACUAUAAAGGUUUUGGAAUGUCUUGAUUGACAACAAAAACUGACAUUGUUUCGUUGUUUAUUUUUCUUUUCUGAAAUGCUUUUGGAAACCUUGUGAAUGAUAAUUCGGUUUCAGGUUAUUAUAUAGGACGGUGUUACAAUGACACGUGCAGUCGCUCAAAAACUUUGUGUUUAGAUAAGAAUAUUCCUACACUCACAUACAUCUGUUUGACUGUACUAAAUCAUGCAUUAAGCUGAAGUGUAGAAGGUCUGGUGGAGACGGAGAGAUGGAAUAUGAAUAUAAGAGGCAACAAAUAAACUUGGCUAUUUUCCCUUUUUCUGCUGAA